UGUUAUCGAUUAUUUGCCCAGCGAGCGUCGCGAGAAGCCAGAUGGUACUUUUAUUUUGAAAGGUUCUUGUCUUCUUGGACAGUUACGGUACCGGUGUGGUCCGACAGCACGCGCUGUGGACCACCACCAGCUGAUUGAACAGCCGCGGGAUUCGAUCUGUGAUUACUGGCGACAGAUGGAGGAACGAGUCUUCGAACCCAAACUGGUUCUGGUCUUCAGCGGGAAACGGAAGUCCGGAAAAGAUUAUGUGACGGACCUGAUAAAGGGGCGGUUGGGGUCGGACACGUGCUGCGUCCUGCGUCUGUCCGGACCUCUCAAACAACAGUAUGCUGAGGAGCACGGACUGGAUCUGGACCAGCUGCUGGGCCCUGGUCCUUAUAAGGAGCGGUUCCGGGCCGAUAUGAUUGGCUGGGGAGAAACUCGACGACGGCGUGACCCUGGAUUCUUCUGUCGCCUAGCAACCAGAGGAGCAUGGCAACCAGUCUGGGUGGUGAGUGAUGCGCGGCGCCUGUCAGACCUUCAGUGGUUCCUCUCAGAGUUUCCUCAACAAACUCGAAGUGUCAGAGUUCAAAGUUCAGAGGACACCAGGAAGAAGAGGGGGUGGAGCUUCACUGCAGAUGUUGAUGACGCAGAGUCAGAGUGUGGGUUGGACAGUGGCAUUGAAUUUGAUUGGAUAAUCAGCAAUGAGGCCGACGCCCCCUCAUUAGAUGAGCAGCUGCAGCCAAUCCUGAGGCUGGCUGAGGAAGCCGCUUCGUCAGCAAUCACUGCCAAUCACUGCACCUGACCAGACCCCAGCAGGUUUCCUGCGAGGAGCACGGUCACGGAGUCGUGGUCACGUGACACUUUAUGAUGUGAACCUGCUCCGGGCGUAGUUUGAUGUAAAAACUGUCAAGUCAGCUGGUUCUCACAAACACACACACAAAGCCGUAAGUGUGAUACAAUAAAAUGUUUUCAAAGGAAAAAGUAUUUUCAUUUUUUAUUCCAUUAUGUUUUAAUGCAGAAAUUAAAUGUAAGUGCAACUUUUCCUGUGAUUUAUUAAACUGAUGAGAACCUGA